GUCCUGUUUGUUGGUGUGGCCCGGAAACCAUGGAGCAACUGUUUCUGGAUUGUCCUGUUGUGCGUACGCUUUGGGGUUAUGCGGGGCUCCAAUACUUAGGGGAGGGGUUGCCUCGGCAUACUUUCCCCCUGUUUCUUAAGCGUUUGCUAGCCUUAAUUCAGCAGCCGACGCUCCUCAUGGCAGUUGUCUCGGUCCUUUGGCGCAUCUGGAGGUCUAGAAAUUGGGUGUUGUUUGAAGGAAAGCAGUUUGGAUUCCCCGCUUUGUUGAGGCAUUUUUUCCAGCAGUAUGAGGAAUGGGUGGAGCUGCCGGCGGAUGCGCCCCCCAGGCCUUCCCCCCCCCCCCCCCCCCCCCCCCCCCCCCCCCCCGAUGAGCGCUCCACCAGGUGUGCUGGGCCAGGCUGCUGGGGUUGUUUGUCUGUGGGAUGGGGCUACCAGGAAGGGAUCACAUUUAGCAGGUGGUAUGGUUCUUCGGUCUCCGUCUGGGGGUGUGCUUAUGGCUAAAGGGAUCCAGUUCCCGGGGAUUGAUGACCCAACCGUGGUGGAGCUGCUUGUGCUCCGGGAGGCUAUCACGUGGUGUUUAGGCCAGGGCUUCACGGGGAUGAGGUUUGAAGGGGAUGCCAAGGUCAUUAUUGAUAAAAUCAACAGUAAGGAUGCUAGUGAUAGCCGGAUGCGUGCUGUUUUGGAAGAAGUUUUACAAUAUUUUUGUAGCAACCCUGGGUUUAGUGUGCGAUUUGUAGGUCGGCGUAGUAAUAGGGUAGCCCAUUUGGUGGCUAGAAAAGCCCUCUCUUUGUACCCGACUACGAGUCGUUUCUUUGAUUUUCAGGCCUGGCUGGGGUCCAGGAUGUAACUAUCUAUGUUUUGGUAUCAAUAUAUGAUUAUCUUUUGU